UUUUUAAAUAGUCUUAUUACAAUUAAUACGACCUAUUCAGUCUUCAGCGUAGUUGCUGAUCAAUUUCCUGCUGAUAGACUAAUCAGCCGACUGAUAGUUACAGCUUUAGUCAGUAUGUCAAUCUGUUUUAUUUAUCUCCGUGUUAAAUUAAUGAAGUUGUCAUGUCGGUUAAAUUAGAGGAGGCGCGGCGGAUCAUAUUUCCAAGCUUUCCAAGCGCACCUGAACGCACACCAGUGGAUGUGAGCGAAGGGAGGGCGUCACCGGGGGCGUGGCCGGUGUAUGCAAACGAUCCACGCCCCCAAGCGCCUUUCCCCCGUGAGCGGUGACGUCACACGAGCAGCCCGUGUUGGUUCCAGCUGACUGGGAGAGCGAGAGAGAGAGAAUCAGAAAGAGAGAGAGAGGGAGGGAGAGAGAGAGAGAGAGGGAGGAAAAUAAGAGCCAUCAGUCCCAUUUAUCUGACUCUCAUAUUCUGGAUAUUAUUAUUUUUUGGGGGGGAUCUCUUUAUUUCCUUCAUCUUACAUUUGUCGCUCAUAUUUAAGCACCAGUUUGGUUGGCGGGUUUAUUUUUUCCUCUCCUGGAGACUUCUCGUCUCGAAUCCACUGUUUAUAAUCCUCUUUCUUCACUCGCUGCACGGGACGACGGACAUCCGCAUUUAUAUCUGCUUUCAUUUACUUCCCCUCCGGAAUAAAAAUCCUCCGAUCGAUCGACCCAAGCAGCCGACCGACGGACCGGACGCGACCGUGAGCCACCGUUUUAUCUCCGCGAACUCAAAGGGGACUUCACUCCUGCGCCUCAUUCAAUUUGUCUUCCUGUGUGUGUUUAUUAGUGCGGAGUUUGAGUUUGUUUAAAGGUGGGGGGGAAAGGGGGCGACGGCAGCUCCCGAAGGCUCAGCCAGUCUGAGAGGAUGAAUUAGUCUCGGUCAACAUGGAGCCAUUUGGGAGAUAAGUCCCCCCCUCUUUCACUUCGUUUCUCUGCACGUUCCUCUUCAUGGGACGGGCGGAAAAGCUGGACGUCAGGUGGAGAUAUUGAGCGCACGCACGCGUCCACCUGUCCGCGCACCUUUUGACGGCGCGCCUUUCAAUUAGUGUGGCAAAUUGGAUUAUUUUGAUCUUGAACUUAAAGUCUGCAGGUUGCUCUUCUCCGCCACCGCCUCCUCCUCCCCCCGCGCCUCCCCUCACCUCCCCCCCUCCUCCUGCCUAGAAGUUAUGUCAAGGCCUCUCACUCAGCUCCUACCGCCGGAUCUCCCUGCCGGGGCCACCAGCCCCCAGUUUGGGGCCAGCAACCCGGCUGGAAGUGGCCCUCAAGGUGGACACCUGACCUCCAUGACCAACCUGAAGUCCCUGCUCCAGCUGCCAAUCAAGGCCGACCAGAGAGGCAUCAAGGACUGCUGCGAGAUGAAAGACAAAGACAAGCCCCUAGACUCCGAUGAAGACUCGCUGGGUGUCAAUGCUGGAGGGCCCGGUGGGGUGGGAGGAGCCCUCGGGUCCAGCGCAUUGCGGCCCAACUCCCAGUCGGCCUUCCUGGGCCCGCUGCUGUGGGAGAGGACCCUGCCGUGUGAUGGAGGCCUGUUCCAACUCCAGUACAUGGACCUGGAGGAGUUCUUGACCGAGAACGGGAUGGGCAUGCAUAGCAAUGGGCCAAGCUCCACCAGCGCCCAGAUCCCCUCCCAGAGCUCCCAGUCAGCGGUGCCCAACCAGAGCUCCCAGUGUCCACCAACCUCCCCUCCGCCCUGCUCCUCCUCGUCCUCCUCCAUGUCCUCUUCAUCCUCCUCUUCCUCGCUGCUUGGUCUGGAGACCGUGCAGCCACAGCCGCCGCCGCCGCCGCCACCGCCACCUCAACAGCAGCAGCAGCAAGGCAUGAUGGGAGGACCUGAGUGUCUACAUGGAGGCCAGGCGGUGCCUCAGGACCCGUCGACCUCUUCUACUUGCCCUCCGGGACCUACGACGGGCGCCAACGGCAACAGCGACAUCCUGGUGAACUUUGACCCCGACCCGGCGGACCUGGCCUUGUCCAGCGUGCCGGGCCAGGAGGCGUUUGACCCGCGGCGGCACCGCUUCUCCGAGGAGGAGCUGAAACCUCAGCCGAUGAUCAAGAAGGCCCGCAAGAUGCUGGUCCCCAAUGAGCAGAAGGAUGAGAAGUACUGGAGCCGGCGCGUCAAGAACAACGAGGCGGCGAAGCGCUCGCGGGACGCCCGGAGGCUCAAGGAGAACCAGAUCUCGGUGCGCGCCGCCUUCCUGGAGCGGGAGAACGCCGCCCUUCGCCAGGAGGUGGCCGACAUGAGGAAAGAGCUGGGCCGCUGCAGGAACAUCAUCAACAAGUACGAGAGCCGACACGGAGACUUGUGAGGCGGAGGAGGAGGAGGAGGAAGAAGAAGAAGAAGAAGAAGAUGAUGAAGGAGGAAGGGGCGGGAGGGGAGGAGGAAAUAAGAAAAGGGUACAAGGCAGCCCAACAACAGCAGCACUUUAGUUGAAGUGGCGGGUGGGGUGGGGGUGGGGAGGCCGACGUAGAUGUGCAGUAAGCGCCGCGCGACACCGGGCGCAAACACCAAACGUGUAUCGUGUUGUGCUUCAGGAUAGCAUGACGAGAAAGCACAGCGACGCCAUUUAUCCCCCCAGUCUGACUCUCUGUGUACCUGCUGCUUCGCUGACCCCACACGGCGUACCGUAUCACCUCGUGUCACCUCGGCAGCUUACGUCACCCUCGGUGCUGUGUCUACGGCCGGUGUCGCACGACGUUUGUGCAGGUAGUGCGUUUCCGGCCGCUCUUCCCUCCGGGCCAGUUCAAACAGGGUGCUGAAUUCACAUUAUGCCAGUGAAAUCUCACUUUUUAAGCUCAAGGCACGGAUUCAAGCCAGGAGAGGUCAGAUGUGUCAUUUUUUUCUAUAAAUAAGACAAAAAACGUAUAUUUUUGAACUGGGUAGGAAGGCAAGACUGGUCCAGCAAAGUGGAGGAGGAGGAGGAGGAGGAGGAGGUGCAGGGUUUUCGUCCAUAACGCAAAGAGAUUUUGACAUAGGAUUAUUGUAUAUUUUUCUAUUAGCAGAGAUAGCCAGGAGGAGGAUUUUGGAGAUAAUCUUUUGUAUAUUUUCUAUACGGGGCGGGGAUGGGGCUGCUAGCUGGACAGUCACGGGGCCACACGAAGCGCUUUUCCUCCCAGCUGUUUAACGCUAAACAACAAAUAAUCUAUUUUCGAUUUUCUGGAGCUGGUUGGUCGGAGGCGGAGGCGUCACAGAGAAUGUAUCACGGUUGAAUCAGGUAUUUCACACGGUGCGAGACGAGGUUAGGUUUCUUAGUAACGAUUGUUUUCGAUGUGGGGGGGCGGGCGCGUUUGAGGACGACGGUGAAACAAAAACUGUAUAGUUUUAAGACAUUUUUGUGUUCGUUUGUUUUCUUUGUGGGCUCGUUCAAGCACUUGAUUUGUUAAUCUUCUCUUUGAUUCCGUGUCUGGUUUUGAAAUAAUGGCAGGGCUUUUAUUUUGAAGGCGAAAGAAAGGAGAAAAAGAGAGAGGAGGAAAACAGGAAGCAAUUAGCCAUCAGAACAGCUGGAUGUGAGCAGAUGUUUGAAAGUAACUAAGGUGGAGGAUUUCGCUGGCAGGUUUGCACUUAGCUUGGUGUCUUGCUCACACACACACACACGCACACACACAGUUUGUUAAAGAUAACACAACGUGGUUGCAGUCUUUUUCUCUCUGUUUACUCCUCGAUUUGUCCAGGAAGUGCAAAAAUGAAAUACUAACUGGUUUAGGGUUGAUUUGCCCAGAUCGAACAGUGACUGAAACCUUCAGCGUGCAGAGAGGACACACACGCACACACACACACACACACACACACACACACACACACACACACUCAAAGCCUCACCCAGGUUUUAACCUUUAUUGUUGUUGUUGAUGUUGUUAUGGACUUCUAUGGUGCUGAUCUGAUCUGAUCCUUCACCUAACGCGUGCACACACACACACACACACACACACACACACACACACAAAAGAACACUUCCACUAUCUCAAACACAGUACUAACUGCCUAUACCCUUUCUUUGUCUUUUAUUCCUUCGUUUUAUUUUAUUUUUCCUUUCAUUAGUUGCAUAUUGUAUCGAUGAAUCGUAUAGAGAUUUACACACAAACACUUGUCUAUACCUCUCCUUCAAACUUUACCCAAUGAGAAACGAGAAAUGCACCCUACUGCUACUGUACCAUACAACUGUACUAUUGAAUAUUAAACUAUUCUCUCACUAGAUAUAUAUAUGUAUAUGAUAUAUGCUUGAAUUAUGUGAUUAUAGUUGUAAUAAUUGAAUAUAUUACAGAGAAACCCUUCUGAAUCAUUUUGUCAGUUUUCUCUCAGGUGUUUUUGUCUGAGGUAUAAAACACAUAUAUUAAAAAAAACACAAAAAGUCUUUGAUUCGAUCACAGAA